UUGAACUGUCAGAAGCCAUACCUAAGAAAUUUGGUACCACAUUGAAGAUAAAUCCAUCCUGACGCUCUAUAGUCUUAGUAACGAACCUUCGGGCUUAGGAGUGAAAGAGCAAAGUUGGACGGGAUUUGAUACUCUCGACAUCAUGUACCUACGUUGCAAGUACUCCCUACUACACUACCGACGAUCGUCUUGACGAUUUUGUUGACCGAACGCAGAAAAGACGGCCAGAAAUGACCAAUUCUAGGUAUGUAGUUAAGUUCGCGCCUCAGCAAAAGUGGCUACCGCCCUGGAGCAAACAAUGUAUGUCUUUUGGCCAAGGCUUACUAUUAUCGCCAAUAACGGUAUGUGUUGAGGACCUGAGGCAAGGAAGACUAGACUUGUACUCCGUGCGAACGCUUAAGUAAACGCAAACAAAAAAGAAUCAAGUAGGAUGUCUAGAGGCGCACUGGUGUAUGUGGAAACUAUUGCAUAUCGUAUGUCACCUGGAACACCACCCACUACUCCGCGCUUCGUACAGUGUACCACUACAAAAGCACUUAGUUUCUGCCUCACUCUAACUUUCUGCUCUGUCUCAAAGCACGAGUCAGGGGUUGAAACUUACAUUGUGCUGCCUCUUUUAUUUUCUUUCUUUUUUUUUAUCCUUCGCUUUUUCUUUUCUUCCCUCCUAAAGCCUGAAUCGUGCUAUCCUAUUCUGUUUAGCGCCCUUACCAAUGCGAGGGACUUGGUAGUGGUGAUAAAUGCUGUCUUAGAUCAAAGCUCCAUUGCUGCUGCGCAAUGUGACAAUAAUGAGUUGUAGUAUUAAACCAUGGGACUGGGAACGUCUCUUUCGGGGCAAGCCCCUAAAAGGAUCAUAUUUUAUUGACGUACACGAGCAGCUGACAGGACACUGUGAGUCUUCGCCGUCAUGGGUCCUUGAAUGUGUGUGUGGGUUCUCCUAUUUUCAUUUUUCCUUCUCUUCUACUCCUACUACCGUUUAAUUAUUGGCGCCCUAUCAUCUCGAACCGGAUCAACACCAGUAAGGUAGUAGUGCCAUAACAAGUGGCGGAUUAAUUUGAAUUGCAGCCUUUGUGCGCGUAGAAUGACACAGAAUAGGUAAUUAUCUAUUCAUGGUUCGGAUUAUACUCCGUACGUAGACGGAACAUUACGACUGGGCGGAGUCAGACGGUACGGAACAGAAGAAACCUGGUAAGGCGCAGCUGUUUGUUGGAUUGGGUGAAUGACGAGUUGGAAGCGGAUUCGUCGGCAGACGGAGUUUAAGAUAAUCAAUCACCUAACCAUCAUUGACUCGGACAGUGGGCUUGUUAGGGGGUAGGUGCCACCAUUACCAGUAGGAGUCACAAGGGGAGGGGCGCUUAUGGUUGUUGCUGAGUGAGUCGGGCGGUGAUGGUCCCGCGGGCUGCGCCUGUCUGUCCCCAGCAGCCCUAUUUUUCCAAGACAAAAGUGGGAAAGUGAAGAGGUCGAAUAAAAAUAUAAAUUGAAAAAUAAUAAAAAUAAAAUCAAAUAAAAUAAAUCGAAAGUAAAAUAUG